GCUGGGUCCGCUUCCUGCGGAGAGAAGACGGGGAGAGCUUCUGCCUACGGACCGGCGUCUGGGGCGGAACGUGCUCGCACGCUCUUGUGCACCUGCGGGUUCCUCAAGAUGUCAACCUCAGUCCCACAAGGCCAUAACUGGACCCGCCCGGUGAAGAAGGAUGAUGAGGAAGAAGACCCGCUGGACCAGCUGAUCACCCGCUCUGGCUGUGCUGCCUCCCACUUUGCAGUGCAAGAAUGCAUGGCCCAGCACCAGGACUGGCGCCAGUGCCAGCCACAAGUGCAGGCUUUCAGGGAUUGCAUGAGCGUACAGCAGGCAAGACGGCGGGAGGAGCUGCAAAGGAGGAAAGAGCAAGCCAGCGCGCAACACUGAGACCUUCCACCGUCACACCAGUCGGCCUGACGAGAUCAGCACCCAGAGAGACCCCGGGAGAAGAAACCCUAAGCAACAGAAGUGUGCUCCAGGAGUUGUAAAAGCUGGGGACCGUCUUUGGGACUAGGAUUGACAGACACCAAGAGGUUGCACCUCACCGUCACCAUGAGCUAUCAUGGUCAGAACACAGAUAGCCUCACCUUUCUUGUUCUACCAAUAUUUAAGUUUACAGCAACACUCCAUCCACCCUGCCUCUCAGAGUCUGUGUGCCAAGUACUUCGUAAGUGCAUACACAACUAAAGAUAAACGGGUUGCCCGAGCAGGCCUUCAUUUUUCAAUCACAGAUUUAACAACAGAAAGUGUUUCUAAGGCAUUGUGUUGGCAAUGUGCAAUUUGAAGAGCAAUGUGACCUUCCUGUUGGUGAGAGACUAGUAUGAAAAUAAAGCAGCACUCAAAGGAGUGACCUCAGUUUCCGCAGCGA